AUGCCGAAGAAGAGUAAUGUUGCUUACAAUGCCAUUCUUAGGGGAUUGGUCGGUGCGGAGCGAUUCUUGGAAGCCAUCGAUUUCUUCCGCUGGAUGCUUAGGGAAGAAGUUGUCCCUGAUAAUUUCACUUAUCCGAUUGUUCUCAAGGCCUGUUCCAGGUCGAAUGACCUCGAGGCGGGACAAAAAGUGUGCGACUUGAUCAAGUUUAAUGAGACAGAAUUUGAUGCAAAACGGAAUGUUUAUGUCGAAUGUGCAAUGAUCGACAUGUUUGCUAAAUGCGGUAGCUUAACAGAGGCGCGCGAUGUAUUUGAGGAGAUGCCGAGAAAGGAUUUAGCUUCUUGGAGUGCAAUGAUAGGUGGGGCUGUGCGCAACGGGGAUUCGCUUGAAGCAUUGCGUCUGCUUAAGAGAAUGAGGCAGGAAGGGUUAAGACCCGAUUCUGUAACUGUGGCAAGCAUUUUGCCUGCAUGUGGCGUAUUGGAAGAUGCGCAUAUGGGAAUGACAUUGCAGGGAUUUGCAGUGAGGAGUGGUUUUGAGAGUGAUAUAUAUGUUUCAAAUGCUCUCCUAGAUAUGUACGGCAAAUGCAGGCUCACUAAUGAGGCACAUGCAGUGUUUUGCAGAAUCGUGAAUAAGGACGCAGUGUCUUGGAGUGCCCUCAUUGCAGGUUACUCGCAGAAUGGCGAGUAUCGUCGGAGCGUGGAGCUUUAUCUUGAUAUGAACAAUGUGGGCAUAAAAACUAAUGUCAUUGUUGCAUCAAGUGUUUUGCCUGGACUUGGAAAGCUGAAGUUGCUGAAACAUGGAAAAGAGAUGCACGGCUAUAUACUUAAACAAGGCUUUGAAUCUGAUGGUGUUAUAAUGAGUGCGCUAAUCGAUAUGUAUAUGAACUGUGGAACGAAAAGAGCAGCAGAGAACAUUUUAUACACGAUGUCUUUUUGUGACAUUGUGAUGUUCAACUCAAUGAUUGUUGGUUAUUCAAUAAACGGCGAUUCUGAUUCAGCACUCGGUGUAUUCCAGAAAAUCUGGAAGUUCGAUCUCACGCCGAAUGCUGUUACAAUUCUGAGCAUUCUUCCUGUAUGUACUGAAAUUGGGAAUGUUACACAUGGAAAAGAAAUCCAUGGCUACACAAUUAGGACUAGUAUUGGGGAAGUGGUUUCUGUUGAAAACUCAUUGAUAGAAAUGUAUUGCAAGUGCGGACAUUUGGAACUCGGAAUCAAGGUUUUCAACAGAGUGAUGGAAAAGAAUAUCGUGACAUAUAACACGAUCAUCUGUGCUCAUGCAACCCAUGGUCUGGGAGAGCAGGCGCUCUCAUUUUUCGAAGAAAUGAAGGGGUUGAGAAUGAGACCCAACAAAAUUACCUUUAUUGGACUCCUUUCGGCUUGUAGCCAUGCAGGUUUGGUUGAGAGAGGAUGGUGCAUCUAUGAUGCAAUGAGAAGCAAAUACAAAAUUAUGCCAGAAAGGGAACACUAUUCAUGCAUGGUGGACCUUCUGGGAAGAGCGGGACAGCUCGACCGCGCAUUCAACUUCAUCAAGGAAAUGCCCGUGGAACCGGAUAUUAGUGUCUGGGGAAGUUUACUGAGUGCUUGCAGAGCUCAUGACAACGUUGUGCUAGCUAGUUUUGUGGGAAGGAAAAUCAUUGACGAGAACCUGAUAGAUCCAGGACACCAUGUGCUUCUGCACAACAUUUAUGCGUCCAGCCAGAGAUGGCGGGAUGCUUCGAUUGUCAGGGCGGUGAUAAAAGAGAAGGGCUUGUCGAAGACCCCUGGAAGGAGUUGGAUUCAGAUCGGGUUCAGAAUUCACACAUUCCAUGCAAGAGGCCAGAUACAUCCAGAGUCGGACAACAUCUACCGAGUUUUGGAUCUCUUGCUAUUGGAGAUGAAGGAGAAAGGAUACGCACCGGAUCAAGGUUCUUCAUCAGGGGAUCUAAUGGAGAUAAGUGGCUAG